CGGGAAUUAGAUAGGGCCAGGAGGGCCCCCAGCCCGAGCUCCUCGCGUUAACGCAGACUUGAGCCAUCGGAAGAAGUGGGCGCGAACACGGGUGCUCGUCGAGAAAGCGUCGACGUUCGGAACCAUGUCCUCCAAUCUUCGGGAGUGUACGGGGGUCGACGCAACGGAGCACGUGGAGCUCGAGGAGCUAGCCGUGGACGGCGGGGAGGAGAGGUUCUUCGAUGUCUUGCGCGGCAGGUACCCCGUGCGCGAGGUUGCCGACGGAGUCGGCGACGCUCCGAAGACGGAGAAGGGCGAGUUGCCGAGCGCCUGCGCCGGCAGGGUGCGCACCAUUUUCAUGCAGGCCCAGCGGGGGGGCGCCGAGCUGCCGGAUGCCGCCAGCGUCUUCUCCUGCUCCGAGGUCUCGUCUCGGUGGGGGCCCACGCGCGGUCGUCUUGGCGGCCAGCGAGCGGCAGUGGGCCGUGGGCGCGCUCGCCAUGGCGCUGAAGACCGCGUGCCCGAAGGUGCUGCCCGUGCACGGCGUCCACAUGGUCGAUGACGAUUACGCGUGGACCAACGACGACGGCAACCGCCAGGAACCCAUGGGGGAGGACGAGGCCACCUGGCGACGUGGAAGGAGACCAGGCUCCAGGUGGCCGAGGAGCGGAAGCGUCGUGGCCAGCUCGUCUCGCGUGAGGUGCUGGUCUUGGAAGCAUGUCGGCCACUUCAGCAAGAGGGGUCUUGAGCGGAAGGGUCCAGCAG